GGACUCCGCACCAGACUUAUCAUAGGCAGCGAUAACCACCUCUAUAUCUACCUGACAGCUGCACAUGAGACGAGUCGUAUCAUCCCACAGUCCAAGCCCCAGUGUAUCAGAUGGUGUCACAGUCUGAUCGUGACUGAUCAUAUCAUUGGAAGAAUCUACCACACGAGAGUUGUCGACGAGCACUAGGUAGAUUGAACACUAGUAUUGUUCACCCCGCAGUGCCACUUUAUCAAUUCUCACCUCCCACUACACUGCACUACACUACGCAUCCAACCACCCACGCUGAACACCAUGAACCGACUCUUCGGAUCCAAGAGCGCGGUCCCAAAGCCGACGCUGGACGGUGCCAUCACCAAUGUCGAAGACCGCAUCUCCACCUUGGACGUAAAACUCACCUCCCUAAACAGCGAACUCACAACCUACCAAACCAAAAUCAGCAAAAUGCGUGACGGGCCAGGCAAAACGGCCCUCAAACAAAAAGCCCUCAAAGUCCUGCAGCGACGCAAACAAUACGAAGCGCAGCGCGACCAGCUCGAAGGCCAGUCCUGGAACAUGCAGCAAGCCGGCAUGAUGACCGACAAUCUCAAGAACACGAUGACGACGGUGGACGUCAUGAAGGACACGACGAAGACGCUCAAGAAGCAGUAUCGCAAUAUCGACAUCGACAAGAUCGACCGCAUGCAGGAUGAGAUGGCCGAUUUGAUGGAUAUGGGGAAUGAGAUUCAGGAUAGUAUUUCGAGGGCGUAUGAUGUGCCGGAUGAGGUUGAUGAGGCGGAUCUGGAUGCCGAGUUGGAGGCGCUGGGAGAGGAGAGUAUGUUUGAGAGUGGGGUGGGCGAGGGGGCGGUCCCGAGCUUUAUGCAGGAUGAGGUUGCGCCGCCGCAGUUUAUUGAUGAGCCGCCGGAGCCAGCUAAGGUGAAGGAGCCGGCUGGGGGGCUGGGUUGAUAGUUGGCAUACGGGGAUGAUAUGCGCCGUGUGAGACGAUGGACGAGCUUGGAGUUAUUUCUAUUAUGGCAGGAAGCGAGGAGUUCGGGCAGCAUAUUUGCGUCUUCUGACUUUCUUUUCUUAUAUUUUCUGUA